AUGAGUGGAAAGAGAAUAGAGGGCUCCUCCUCCUCUGAGUUCACUGGUGGACAAUCUUUCAUAAGCAUAAAAGAAACUGAAAGUUCACGUCUUUUCUCUCUCCUGGGGGCCAUGGCAGCUGCUGCUAAUCCUGUCAAAAAUCUCCAGGACGAAGCGACUUGUUCUCUUUGCCUGGAGUAUUUUAAAGACCCAAUAAUAAUCACAAAAUGUGCCCACAGCUUCUGCCGAGCCUGUAUCACCCAGCACUGCAAAGAUCCCGGAACCGACGUCCGUUGUCCUCAUUGUAGGAAGAGCUUUCAGCAGGAAAACUUAAUCUCAAACAGGCAGCUGGCCAACAUGGUGGAAAUAGUCCAGUGCCUGAACAGAACUGCCGAAAAACAGGGAGAGGAGAGCAAGGUAGAGAAACACCAGGAAGCGAAAUUGGAAAUAAGUGAGGUCUCCAAGCAAAUUGAAAUGGCCCAAGAUGCCAGCAGCAGCAGCAAGCAGGCCAACACUGAAAUGAAUGAAUACGUGUCUCAGAUCAAAGGCUUGAUUACUGAAGACUUCUGUGCCAUGAAACAGUACCUUGAAAUACAAGAGAGAGCCACACUGAUGGUCAUUGAACAAGAGCAACAAGUGUCUCACCAGAAAAUAGAAGAAAUGAUCAGCCAGCUCGCCGCGAAAGUGAACACGCUCACAGAAAUCAAAACCCAGCUGGAAAACGGGCUGCAAAAUAACGCAAUGGAGCAGCUGAGUGAUACAUCAUCCAAAAGAGAAAUGUACAUAGGCUCUCCGAUAAUAAUGAAUAAAAUUAUGCUUGAUGCGAAGAAGAUUAGUGUUGUCACAAGUGCUGUAGAAGAGCUCAAGAAACAAUUGGAAAUGUUAAUAAUGAAGAAAUAUCCUGCCCAGCUGCCACAAGAACCUGUAGGUUUACUUCAGGAGAGGAGUGUCUGUUCCACAUCUGUGGUGUCUGCAUCUGACAAUCCAGAACCAGUUGUUUCAAGUCAGUUUUCUCAGUGGGCAGUGAACGUGACCUUUGAUCUCCAAAGAAUCCAUCGUAACCUGGAGAUCACAUCUGAGAAUAAGAAAGUGAUUGUAUCCCGUUUUCCACCUCCGUAUGAACCAACUCCCAAGAGAUUCUGCAUCAGCCAAGUGAUGUGUUCCCAAAGUUUCUCUGAAGGACGCCAUUACUGGGAAGUAAGUACCAAGGACAGCGGCGGAUGGGCUGUUGGAGUUGCUGAUGGAAAUAUUGGUAGAAAAGAUCAACUGGGGAGAACUGAACUAUCCUGGUGUGUGGAAUGGACUGGUAAGAAUAAACAGUUGUCAGCAUGGCACAGGAACCAGGAAACCCGAUUAAGUGAAGACAGACCCCUGAAGGUUGGCGUUUUCCUUGAUCUUGCAAACAAGCACCUGUCAUUUUAUUCUCUCACUGAUAAAGAAACACUCUUGCAUAGAUUUGAAAUCAAUAUCCGACAUCCUGUUUACCCUGCUUUCUGGCUGUAUGGUUUGGAUGAAGAAGGAUCCUUAACUAUAAAUCAUAUCAGCAGGGACUAG